CCGUUGGUAGGGAAACCUCACUAGUGUUUCCGGUCGGGAGCGGAAGCGGUUGAGAAGUGGAUCAAGAGUGCCUUGAUACCUGAAGAUAACUUGAGAAGAAACGUUGUUCUUCAGCUGAUCUUAAACUUCUGCAUCUUUUAUGCGAACCCAUUAAACUGAAAAUGCUAGGGAAUGAAUUUGGGACCUCAGAUUAGGACAUCUGCCAUAAAAGUAUAUUUUCAACUGUAGCUGCGAGUGGGACAACUCCCCCGGCUCACCAAUAUUAUAAAGCUGUCCUAUGAAAUGAAGCCAUUACCUGUGGAUCCCAGAAUAUUGUCACUGGCUGCCCAGGUCACCGAAAGCUCAGGUCAGGAUGUCCCUGGGCUACUUCUAAAGAUAAAAGAUAUUUUAACAAGUGUUGUCCCUGGAAGUAAUGAAUUACAAAAAAUUAAGCAAGACUUAUACUAUUAUGAUCUGGUUCAAUACUGCCUAUUUGUCCUUAAGCAAGAUUAUACAGGAGUGUUAGGAGGUUGGACUACUGCUGCCCAGUUAGCAGAGAUACUAAGCAUAUGUUGUGUGGGUCUUGAGGUGAAAGAAGAAUCUGAGGAAUUUUACAAUAAGCUGCUUCCAUCUGCUGUAGACAACCUUCUCUUCUUAGGAAGGCGCCUGCAGGCACGAUUUGUCCGUGCAAUCAAGGAUGAAGAACGGAGGGAAUUUUCACAUAAUUUCAAGACUGUAAUGGAUGCCCUAUACAGGUUGUGUGAGGGGCAUGUUCAACUGACAGCAAAAGUGCUUCAGAAUGAACAGUUUCAGCAACUGUUAAUAACUGAUGACAUCGAAAUCUCAACUGUUAUUAUGUCUGUGUUGGAGAAGAUUUCAAGAACCAACACUGCUGUGUUACUUGAACUGCCAGAAAAGUCCCUGCACUGCAUUUUAGAUGAACUUGUUUACAAGCUUUCUUCUUCCACAAAUCCUGUUAUAGGAAAUGCAGCUAUAAAACUGUUACUCUUGAUCACAAAAUCUGAUGCCCACAUUUUGAUGACAUUAGUUCUCCGCUACAAAGGGCUACAAACUCUUCUGAGCAAGCAAUGGACUGGCAAAGGGUUUGACAAGAACCUCAAUCAACUCAUGGACUUGCUGUAUUCUGAAAACUACAAAGUUGGCAAAACACAGAGACUACAACAAGCAGCAUGCUUAAUCCAGGCAGCAUGGAGAGGAUUUCAGACCCGGAAAAGAUUAAAGCAACUUCCGAAAGCAGUAACUACCUUGCAGAGGAAUUUUAGAGCUAAACGAGAACAGAAGUUGCAAGAUUUAAGAAAACAGAAAGAGGAGGAGGACCUCCACCAACAACUUCAUCUUCAGAGACAUAGAGCCAUGAGGCUUUUUCAUGAACGGCAGCUUACAAUGUUGGAAAUAGUCCAUGCAGGUCAGGUAGAUAAGCAUAUCCUAGAAAUAAAAGAGAAAUCAGCCUUAACAAUCCAAAGGUAUUGGAGAGCAUUUAAGGCAAGAAGAAAUUUUCAGUGUCAAAAAAAAUCUCUUCAACAAUAUAAGGCAGCUGUCAUCCUUCAGAGAGCAGUGCUUAGAUUUUUGGAAAAGCAAAGGAAAAAAAGGGCCUAUUCUUUCUGGAAACAGCCCAGGUCCCUCUCUGAUGAAGAGAGAUUAUCCCUGCAGCAAAAAGUGGAUGACCACAUCCGACUGCACCCAGCUUCUGAGAUGUCAGAAGAAAUGAGCAGGGAACUUCAUCAUCAAGCCCAGGAAAACCUGGCGAAGUAUUUGCUGAGACGAAGCCAAGACCACAAGGCAGAACAGCACCGACAGGCUUUGCUAGCCCAGGUCCAUACAGAUCUGGAUCAGCUGAUGUGUGCAGCAAGUCUCAAAGAAUCUACUGUGAAAGAUCUGAAUGAUUUUAUGAGUAGAUCUGGUCCUGUGGUAGCUAAAGCCAAACAGUCCCACAUCACCAUGUUAAAAUACACGCAAUGGCCUUGGUGGAAGAAGAUUGGAGAAGAAGUGUUUGAUGAAGAUGCGGUCUCAGAAGAUCUACUGAGUGCUGAAUUGGGAGCUUUGUUCAUUGGAGGAAGUAAAACAUAAUUGGGAGAGAAGAAAAGAAAUUGUAGCUAAUACCAAUGCGAUUCUGCAUUAUGUUAUCUUCAGAGGACCUUAUCCCAAGAAAUUAUAGGAUGCAGUUCCUACAACACUGUAGGAUGAAGUACAUAAUUUUACAAAUAGUUCAGUUUUUAUAAAAUGGGUUUGUACUUUGCCAAAUACAAAUAAUAUAGCUGUUAAGUUUGUAAAUGAGAGCUCUACAGUACAGAUACAGAGGUUUACAAACAAAUCUAUUUUUCAAUUGAACUAACCAGAAAGUGUUAAAAACCUGUGUAAUUCUGUUCAUUAAAGUAGGAUUCUCAGUAUGAUCUUAUAUAAAUAGAGGCUGAAUAUUAAGAAUGGACAAGGAAAUAUGUAUAGGGCAGCAACCAUGGGAAACUAUAUUUUAAAUGAGAUGGGAAGGAACAGUUUCCGAGUAAGAAGCAUCAGUUAGUGAGACUUUAUCGUAAACAUUAUCGUAAACUCACUCUUGUUAAAGUCUUUUGAGUAAUCCUCUUAAAACAUCCACAAUUCUAAAUGUGUUGUUUUAGUGAAUUAGCAUAUAUUGCUCUAUUCUGUUAGAUUUGCUGAAAUAAAUAGGAUUAAAUAGUUUGAAUAA